GACAAGGAUGUGGUCUGAGACAGUCAGCACAGCUUUACCAAGGGCAGAUAAUGCCUGACAAAUACUGUGACCUUCUGUGAUGAAGUGACAGCAUCACUGCAGACAAAGGAAGCACAGCUGAUGUCAUCUACCUGGACUUCUGUAAAACCUUUGAUGUGGUCCCACAAUCCCACACCACAUCCUUUUAUCUAAAUUGGAGAGAUAUCAAGGGUUGACUGCUCAGAGAGUGAAGAACUGGAUGGAUGGUUGCAGCCAAAGGGUUGUGGUCAAUGGCUCUGUGUCCAGGUGGAGGUCAUCAAUGAGUGGUGUUCCCCAAGGGACCAGUCCUGGGACUAGUGCGUUUCAGCAUCUUUAUCAGUGAUCUGGAUAGCAGAAUUGAGUGUACCCUCAGCAAGUUUGCUUGAUAGGUGUCUCUUGUACUGGAAGGCCCAGGACUGGACCCAGCACUCCAGGUCUGGCCUCGUGAGUUCUGGCAAGAGGGCAAGGAUCACCUCUAGGCCAACCUUCCACAAGUCUGACAGAAAAAGUGGAAAGACACGUGAGAGCAGUGCUUGCUUGCUGAGAAAGUGACACUCGAGUGAAGAACAGAAGCCAGCUUUUCUGAGGCUGCUUCCCUCUAGGAUUUGCAGGAGCAGACCAUCCUAUGAGGAGGAGGAGGACUCCUCGGCGUUCCUAGCUGCACGAUGGGGACGACAGGUGAUGACAUGGCUUUGGCAGAGCAGAACGCCUCCUUGAACCCCUUGUGCUUCGAGUGUGGCCAGCAGCACUGGACGAGAGAGAACCACCUGUACAACUACCAGAAUGAAGUGGACGACGACUUGGUCUGCCACAUUUGCCUUCAGCCCUUGUUGCAGCCAUUGGACACUCCCUGCGGACACACUUUCUGCUACAAGUGCCUAAGGAACUUUCUGCAGGAGAAGGAUUUCUGCCCGCUGGAUCGGAAAAGACUCCAUUUUAAACUCUGCAAAAAAUCCAGCAUUCUCGUUCAUAAACUCUUAGACAAGUUACUUGUUUUGUGCCCCUUCUCAUCGGUGUGUCAGGAAGUCAUGCAGCGAUGUGACGUGGCGGCACAUCUCAAAAACAGGUGCCCUGGGGCCUCUCACCGAAGGGUUGCCCUGGAGAGGCGGAAAGCGAGCAAGCUGCAGGCUGAGGCUGAGGCUGAGGCCGGGCCAGGUGGGCCGGAGCAGCCCAACAGCGUGUCCCCGGAUGCAGAGCAGAGCAUCGUGCCUGCUGAGCACAGCUUUACUCCUGCACUGCCUGCUUGGGCGGAUGAGCCUGGCAUCGACAAUCCUCCUUUUGAAGAGAACACAGGAGCAGACACAAAUCAACAGCCACCUACCUUGCCUGAGGGAGAGAUCACUACUAUUGAAAUUCAUCGGUCCAAUCCUUAUAUUGAAUUAGGAAUUAGCAUAGUGGGUGGCAAUGAAACGCCUUUGAUCAACAUUGUUAUUCAGGAGGUUUAUCGAGAUGGGAUCAUUGCCAGAGAUGGAAGACUUCUUGCUGGAGACCAAAUACUUCAAGUGAAUAGCUUUGACAUCAGUAACGUGUCUCAUAACCACGCGCGAGCAGUGCUGUCACAGCCCUGCACGGUGCUGCACCUCACCGUGCUGCGGGAGCGGCGGUUUGGGAGCCGUACCCAUGGCCACACUGACACCACCACCACCACCUGCUCCUCACGGGAUGACAGCUUCCAAGUCACGCUGCACAAACGUGACUCCAGUGAGCAGCUUGGCAUCAAGCUGGUCCGCAGGACAGAUGAGCCGGGAGUCUUCAUUCUCGAUCUCUUAGAAGGAGGUUUGGCUGCCCAAGAUGGCCGGCUGUGCAGCAAUGACCGAGUGCUUGCCAUCAAUGGCCAUGACUUGAAGCAUGGGACACCCGAGCUUGCUGCUCAGGUUAUACAGGCCAGCGGGGAGAGAGUGAAUUUGAUCAUCUCUAGACCCAUGAAGUCACAAACAGUCAGUAUUAUCCGAGAUACGGGGACUCACAACAGCAACCCACACCAACACCAGUCCCAGCAGCUGUUUCACAGCAGACCCAACUCACAUAAGGACCUCUCCCAGUGCGUUACAUGCCAAGAAAAACACAUUACUGUGAAAAAAGAGCCACACGAAUCUCUUGGAAUGACAGUGGCAGGAGGCAGAGGCAGCAAAAGUGGCGAAUUGCCCAUUUUCGUGACAAGCGUACAGCCCCAUGGGUGUUUGGCAAGAGAUGGCAGGAUUAAACGAGGUGAUGUGUUGCUGAACAUCAAUGGCAUCGAUCUGACUAACCUCAGUCACAGUGAGGCAGUGGCCAUGCUGAAAGCCAGCGCUGCCUCCUCGGUAGUCGCCCUGAAAGCACUGGAAGUUCAGAUUGUAGAAGAACAACCCCAGGCCAGUGAAGAACAACUGAGUACCAUCAGUGAAAAUGAAUAUGAUGCCAGUUGGUCACCAUCGUGGGUCAUGUGGCUGGGGCUCCCAAGCUGCCUGCAUAGCUGCCAUGACGUAGUGCUGCGGCGGAGCAAUUUAGGAAGCUGGGGUUUCAGCAUUGUCGGCGGCUAUGAGGAGAACCACACCAACCAGCCUUUCUUCAUUAAGACCAUUGUCCUUGGAACUCCUGCGUACUUUGAUGGGAGAUUAAAGUGUGGUGAUAUGAUUGUUGCUGUAAAUGGACUAUCAACGGUUGGAAUGAGCCAUUCUGCACUUGUUCCCAUGCUGAAGGAGCAGAGGAAUAAAGUAACUUUAACUGUGAUUUGCUGGCCUGGAAGCCUCAUCUAGAUUUAUGAAAUCAUUUUGGUUCGAGCAGCUUCAUUUUCUGGAUAGUUGGCACAAAAAUCUCCUUUAUCUCUUUUUCCCCCACAUUGGUACAGCUGGUUAUAAGCAGGGCCAAAACUGCUGUAUUCACUUUCUUCCUUGGCUCUUUAUUCAUGGGCUUUUCAGACUCACUGUAUGUAUCUUUCCAUCCUGAACUAGCCAUUUCUGUUUGCUACAUCCAUUGCUGAUGCAAAUGCAAAUGCACACAUGCUCACACAGUAGGAGCUGUAUGCUCCUACUGCCAUACAGCUCUCACUGAGCCUUCCCAGUCAAACAACAGUCUUACAGUCAGCAGAAGAGCCCACCUGUUGGUUGGGUUCCUCUGAACAGCCCUUGGUUGCAAUGUAUUGUAAAAAUGUAACAGCCACGUACCCACUCUGUGAGAAGAGGAUGUGUGUCAGUAACGCAGUGAUGCAUCUACCUUCUGCUGUGAGUCAGAACCCGUUUCCAAGGUACCCCCUUCCACUUUGUAAGCCUUUCCAUGUUUGAGUCAGUAUUUCAGACUCCCUCAAGGAAUCCAUCUUACUCCUGAGAAAUUGUUGGGUCCCCAUACUUUUCCUUUCAGGGCAUCGGUGUUCACAGGAAAGUAGGACGAAAGCCUGAUAUUACUGGAAUUUUUAUAAAGUGCAAUAAUUGGACUCUUUGUUAGGGAACUUUAAUAUAUUACAGAGUUUGUAUCCUCUAAUGAACAGAAACAUGGAAGCAAUUACUGUUGCAGUGCUGGCAAGAAGACACAUGCCCGGGGUCACCUUUGAGGGAAUGGCCUGCAGUGUUAGACUUUCCUUUCCAAAUGAAUGUUUUGCUAUGUCAGGGAAUUUUGAUGAACAUUUUUACUAAGACCAUUUUUACCGUUUAUAUUGUAGCUGUCGGCUCUCUUGCUCCACGUGUGGAAGCACUGCUUUGUCUCGCACCUUGUAGAUGAGAGAAUCACUUAGAGAGAAAAGCCCACUGUUAAGAAAACACCCGAGGUUUGCAGGUAGGCAGGCAGGAAAGAUGCCUCUUUUCACUCAACUCCCAGCUGGAGAGUAAGCUGCAAAGUUCACUCUUCCUCUGUCACCUGACAAAUGUGCAAUGCCUUGGUGUGAAUGCUGAAACAAUUUGUCUGGCAUUGCAGGAUUUUUCUUUCCUUUAGAGAGCACCUGCUGUUAAGAUGUCAGUAAGGUAAAUGCUGUUUAUCUUGAAUCGUAUUUAGGAUUUUUAAAAACAAACCUGUAACUUGUAGACUUUGCCCUUCUGUGAUAUUUGCAGGCUAAGCACCACCCAUUUAUUUAAAACAAAGAGGAGUGUGGCACAUAAAGCAGUGUGCAGACCUGGAGCAAAACCUACGGGUUGUCAGUGUUCUGCAUAGCUAAAAACAGCUUCAUUUACAAACCAGGUUCACAUCUGAGCUGACUUUCUGAAUGACCUCUGUAUUGUAUUAUUCAUUACCAGAGAAUGUAUAGGGGAACCACAGCAUAUAUCAAUUGUGAAGCAUGAACUUUACUUUCACCCUUAGCCGUUGUAAUAUUGGGGCGUAUUAUCGCAUGUCAUUGAUCCCAGUAGCUUCGUUUUAAAAAGAAACUGAAGUUCCUCUUUUGCAAAGGAAAAAAAAAAAAGAAGAAAUAAAAUCUCAUAUGAAUGAAAUGGUUUUAUUCCUCUCUAUGAUGUAUGAUAAGGGUUUAAUUUCACAAUACUAAAAGAAUGUCCUGUACAGUAUAUUACUGUAUUGAGAACUUUGUUUCUGAUGCAAACACCAAACUUUGAUACGCUGGCUGAUUUGAGGAGUUUCUUCCCAUUCCAAAAUGGUGUUAUAAUGUAUACUUUGCUCCUAAUGCAGUUUUUUCUUUUGUAAAGUAUGUCUUCGUGUAGACUUUAGGAAAGACUUUGGCAUAUGUACUAGAGCUAACUUUUUUAUUAUUGUUAUUUUCAGAGUAACACUUUUCAUUCAAAACCCUACAAAAAUCAGAUUUUUAGCAUUUAUUUUCUUUUCUAUAUACAUAUAUAUAUGUACCAAAAGCAUGGGUUAGCUUAAGCAGUGCGGUUCUGUUUGUGUGCUGUAUCUUCUGAUCAGAAUGUUUAGCAUUAGAAACUUUUCUCUAACUGAAUUUCUUUCCUGGAUCUUUUUUCCCCUUUCUCUCAUAGCUGCAUAGUUGGGUUUGUUUCUCUGUGCCUUCUGUUUUAAAUUAUUUCAAGGCUUUUUUUUGCUGUUGCUCUGUUUUGGUUUUUUUUUCAGAUAUUGCUAUCUAAUUGUAUGGUAUUAAUGAAGGAUGAAUGGAAAUAAAGUUCAUUCUACU